GGAGGCGGCCGGGCACCGCCCCCAGGCGCCCGUGGACCAGGCCGGGCACCGCCCCCAGGCCCACCCGGAUGCGCGGCGCCCGCCCUCAGCCCCUCGGUUCAUCCAGAAGCUCCGGAGCCAAGAAGUGGCGGAAGGAAGCAGAGUUUAUCUGGAGUGUAGAGUUAUCGGGAACCCGGCUCCCCGAGUCAGAUGGUUCUGUGAGGGGAAAGAGCUGUACAACACUCCCGACCUUCAGAUCCGCUGCGAGGGCGGAGACCUGCACACCCUGGUCAUAGCAGAGGCCUUUGAGGACGACACAGGCCGCUAUACCUGUCUGGCUACAAACCCCAGCGGCUCAGAAGCGACGUCUGCCGAGGUGUUCAUUGAAGGUGCCAGUUCAACAGACUCUGACGGUGAAAGUUUGACUUUCAAAUCAAAGCCUGGAGCCAUGCCUCAAGCUCAAAAGAAAACCACUUCUGUUUCCUUGACGAUAGGAUCAUCAUCUCCAAAGACAGGGGUGACCACAGCUGUGAUCCAACCAUUAUCUGUCCCUGUUCAGCAGGUUCACAGUCCAACCUCGUAUCUCUGCCGACCUGAUGGAACUACUUCUGCCUACUUUCCUCCUGUUUUUACAAAGGAGCUGCAGGACACAGCCACCUCAGAGGGGCAGGUGGUGGUUCUGGAGUGCCGGGUCCGAGGAGCUCCCCCUUUGCAGGUCAAGUGGUUCCGACAAGGGAGUGAAAUCCAAGACUCGCCUGAUUUCAGAAUUCUACAGAAAAAACCUAGAUCUACAGCUGAACCUGAGGAGAUCUGUACCCUCGUCAUCGCCGAGACCUUCCCAGAAGACGCAGGGGUCUUCACGUGCUCAGCAAGGAAUGACCACGGAUUGGUAACGAGCACGGCCCAGCUGGUGGUCACCGCAGCCAGCACUGAAAACUGCAGCUCGGACUCCAUGGAAGAACCCAACAACGGCCGCCUCCGGGAGUUCCCACCACCCCCUCCGGCCUUGGAGACAAGUUCCUUUGAGUGGGCUUCAAAGAAACCAUCUGAGAUCCAGCAGGUGAACAGCCCAGAAAUCGGACUUAGCACAGCAGCCCUUCAGAGGCAUUUUGGUUCUGCUGAGAGGGAAGCGAAUGGCGUGCACCCCAGCCGUGGGGUGAAUGGACUGGUCAGCAGCAAGGCCAGCAGCACCAAGCCUCUCCCAGCGCCAGCUCUCCUGCCCUCACCCACCAAGGAGCCACCGCCGCUGCUUGCCAAGCCCAAACUGGACCCGCUGACGCUGCAGCUCCUGCAGGACCGCGCGCGCCGGGAUCAGGAGGCGGGCGCCGCCGCCCCGACGUCCGCCGCGCCCAUGAGCGCGAUCGCCCCCCGCGCUGCGGCCGCUCCGCAGCCGUCGGGCGCCUUCAAGUACGCGCGGCCCAAGCAGUUCAUCGCCGCGCAGAACCUGGGCCCUGCGACCCCCACGCCGCCCAUGACCCCGACAACCCCGACGUCGCCCACGACCCCCGCGCCCCGGCGCUGCGCCCGCGACUGCGGAGCCGACGCCGACGCCCCGUGGUGCCCGUCCUCGCCGUCGCCGCCGCCGCCGCCGCCGCCGCUCAGCCCCACGGCUGCGUUCCAGGGGCCCGACGCGUUCCCGCCGCCGCCGCCGCCACCGCUCCCGAGCCCCAACGCCGCCCGCUCCGGCCAAACGCCCGCCGCCUUCCUCAGCGCCCUGCUGCCGUCGCCGCCGCCGCCGCCGCUUCCCGUCAACGCCCUGGGCCUGCCCCGCGGCGUCACCCCCGCGCGGUUUCCUAGGAAGGCCGGCAGGGCCGCCAGGAUAGCCUCCGAGGAGGACAUCCAGGGCACCAAGGACGCCGUCAUCCAGGACCUGGAGCGGAAGCUGCGCUUCAAGGAGGACAUGCUCAACAACGGCCAGCCGAGAUUAACCUACGAAGAACGAAUGGCCCGUCGGUUACUAGGUGCUGACAGCGCGACCGUCUUUAACCUUCAGGAACCAGAAGAGGAGACAACCAGCCAGGAAGUCGGGGCUCCUCCUGCUUCUGUAGGCGGUCCUCUGGGCGCCCAAAAGGAGUACAAGGUCUCCAGCUGUGAACAGAGGCUCAUCAGUGAGAUCGAGUACCGGCUGGAAAGGUGCCCUGUGGAUGGGCCCGGCGACGAGGCACAGUGUGGCGCCCUGCCCGUGGAGAAUGGGGCAGCUCCAGGCUUCGAGGUGAAGCUGAGACACUACAAGGUCUUUGAAGGGAUGCCAGUGACUUUCACCUGCAGGGUGAACGGGAAUCCAGAGCCAAAGAUCUAUUGGUUUAAAGAUGGGAAGCAGAUCUCUCCAAAGAGUGAUCACUAUACCAUUCAGAGGGAUCCAGAUGGGACCUGUUCGCUGCAUACUGAGGCCUCCACCCUCGAUGAUGAUGGGAAUUACACGAUCAUGGCUGCAAACCCCCAGGGUCGCGUCAGCUGCACCGGGCGGCUGAUGGUCCAGGCUGUCCACCAGAGAGGCCGUAGUCCCCGCAGCCCCUCCGGCCAUCCUCAUGUCAGAAGGCCUCGUUCUCGAUCAAGGGACAGUGGAGAUGAAAGCGAGCCGGUUCAGGAGCGGUUCUUCAGGCCUCACUUCUUACAAGCGCCCGGAGACCUGACGGUUCAGGAAGGAAAGCUCUGCAGGAUGGACUGCAAAGUCAGUGGGUUACCAACGCCGGAGCUGAGCUGGCAGCUCGACGGGAAGCCCAUCUGCCCCGACAGCGCCCACAAGAUGCUCGUGCGUGAGAACGGGGUGCACUCCCUGAUCAUAGAACCGGUCACAUCGCGCGACGCUGGCAUCUACACGUGCACCGCCACCAGCCGGGCGGGACAGAACUCAUUCAGCCUGGAGCUGGUAGUUGCCGCUAAAGAAGCACACAAACCCCCUGUGUUCAUUGAGAAGCUGCAGAACACAGGCGUUGCUGACGGAUACCCAGUGAGACUGGAGUGCCGUGUGUUGGGAGUGCCUCCACCGCAGAUAUUUUGGAAGAAAGAAAACGAGUCACUCACCCAGAGCACUGACCGCGUGAGCAUGCACCAGGACAGCCACGGCUCCCUCUGCCUGCUCAUCCAGGGGGCCACGCGGGACGACGCCGGGUGGUACACGGUGUCGGCCAAGAACGAAGCAGGGAUCGCGUCCUGUACCGCCAGGCUGGAUGUUCACACCCAGUGGCAUCAGCAGCUGCAGAGCACCAGGCCAAAGAAAGUCCGGCCCUCAGCCAGUCGCUACGCGGCACUUUCGGACCAGGGGCUGGAUAUCAGGGCAGCGUUCCAGCCCGAAGCCAGCCCGUCCCACCUGGCACUGAAUGCUGGGCUGGUGGAGAGCGAGGACCUGUGACCCGGCCCCCCAGGGGGGCCUGGACCACGCAGCCGCCAUGGCCCCCACCGCCGGCUCCUCUGCCGUGUCACGUAAAAGGCAAAGACGUGCCUUUGACUGUAAGAAAGAAAAAACACAAAAAUAUUUUUUUUAGAGUUUAGGCGAUCUAACAGAAAUGUACACAUUGCACAGAAGAUUCACAUUCAUUGUCCAAUUUAAAACUUAUGGAGUUGCUGUAAUAAUUAAAGUGUCUGAAAUGCUAAAAUGCUGAAGAAAUCAGUUGAUCAAAGGCAACCAGGAUCCGUCUCACCUGACGUGCCUUUAGCCACCGGCUGUCGGUGCUCGUCGCAUGCUUCCAGGGAACAAUCCCAAGGCGGCAGCUGCGCCGGACUGGCGUCGUGUGCAGACCGCUGCAGCUGGCCGAGGGCAAUACGCAGGGUGAGAAGCAAGCAGAACGACAGAAACCCAAGCAAACGCCUUCUCUUGGCAGAUUGUCUAAUUCAGGAGAAAGGAAUUACUAGCCUUAAAUUUUAUUAACACCAAGGGUUCUCCAACAGGUUAGUGCCUUAGUUCUUAACCUCUUUUCUUUAUGUGUAGGAUUUUCUGUUCAUGCUACCUUGGCAAGAAGCUUAUUUACAAACCAUAUGAGGAGGCUAACUUAAAUAUAAAUAAUAUAAAGAAUUCUGAGUAAAGCAGAGCUGUAUUAAAGUCAAUUCCACAGAAGGUGCACCGUAUCUGGAGGAAGCAGGUUUGGAAAGGGGCAGGGGAAGGAGGCUGCCACUCAGACACCACAGAAGGGGCAGGGGACCUGGUAAAGGACAGGCUUCUCCUUGGUGGGCUUCAGGAUUAGCCUAAAAUGUAAGUGAAAAAACACUGCCAUUCAAAAGUCAGGGAAUCCAGGGUCAGCUGGGAGUCUGGAGCACAGGUGCCCCGGGAACCUCAGUGUGUCUGAGGUCCGUAGCAGCUGGAGACGUUCGAUGUGUGGAGCAAGUUGAAAACAGACUGCGACUGCAAGUGCGUGAGUGAGAGACUGCCUGCAGAUCUAGUCUGCUCGGGGGGCACAGGGACUCAGCCACAGCAGGUUUGUGCCACCGGGCUUUCUUUUCAGUGGCACCAGAUAGAUAGGGUGGACAGAAAAUAGCCCACCUCCCUGCCCCCUGAGACCUCGCUGUAGAAGGUGCUGGGUUCCAAGUGUUGUGACGGCAUUUCAGCAAACACUGAUUCUUGACUGCAUGUGAUUCUGCACCAGCUUGAUUGAGUUGGAUCUGACCAGACUUGAUGGUUUUAAGUUGGAACCAAUAAACACUUUAAAAAGAAGAAAAAAACAACUUCUUUGGCCUAAUAUUAAUUAUAAAACAUGAGGCUUUAAUGGUAAUGGUACUUUGCUAUGAAAGGAAAACACUGUAUUCCUUAUGCAAAACACAUGUAUCUUUCAUUAUUAUUUAUAAUGAAAAGUUGAACUCUCUUAGCUCAGUUACUCAAUUAAAUAUGUAGUAUUUUUUAAGUGAUUUUAUAUCUGUGUACCGACCCGUGUAUAUCACAUUACUGCUUCUACUCUGUAAGAACACUGACCAAGCUCUAAACGAUUAACAAGCUUGCACACUGGGUGGCAGUUGUCUGACACACGUGGUACAAGUUUCUGUGACACACAUGCAUUGCUAGUAUGGAAUAUAAUCCACCCGUACACAGUCCCCGUUGACCUUUCUAUAGUGUACAAUUAUGACUUGCCAAAUUUUUCAGAAUGUGUUUUCAUUUUUUUGCUAAUUUGCUAGGUUUGGGAUUAAGGAACAUUAUUUGCCACCUUUUUAUGUUGUAUUUAUGAAAAAAUAUUAUUAUACUACUUUGGAUUUGUUGUGCUGGUGUAAUGUGGAUUUUAACAUCAAUAAAUAUUUAACAAAAAUA